UAUACCAUUUAAAUGUGUUUUUAAGUUGUUCUUUCAUAUCUUAAUUCCUGCAGUGUUAUGGAUUUGCAGUCUAUGGAGGCAGUUUCUGGGCCUCUAAAUGAGGGAAUUAUCUCUAUCUGUAACAUCUGCAAGUCCCUCAAAAACACACAUGUCAGUCCCACCACUGACAUGUGCUCCGAUUACAAACAAAUCAGGGAACAUAUUGAGCAUGCCGAGCAGUCCCUGAAAACAUCCGAGUCCAGGAUUAAAGAAAAGCUAUGUUCUUUGGAUGAACACAUGGAGCAUCUUAUUAGAAAGAAACAAAAUAUUGAGCAUCAGAAAAAAGAAAAAUUCAUGACCAUGGAUAAAUUACACACAGAGAAAAAUUCUGCUGAGGAAUUGCUAAGGUAUUCGAAAGCUGCUCUGGAACAGGCUGAAAGAAACUUAGAAACAGCAAAAUAUGCUCAAAGAGUAGCUCAAGAUAGGAAGAAUGCAGGUGAAUGUGUUGCAAUUGCAGGUGGGGUACUGCUUGCAAUACCAAUUAUCGGAUGUAUUGCUGGCUCAAUAAUGCUGAGUGAGGGAGUGCGAGAGUUAAACGAGGCUUCAAAUGCCAUCAGUGCAGCUGAGCAGGAGCAACAACAGUUUAACUCUCAGGUGGAGGAGAACCACAGAAAAGUGUCUGAAUGCCAGUCAAAGAUCUCUCGGACACAAGAUGAAAUCGAGCAGACGGAUGAGGCGUUGAAGAGGAUUGAGGGCGAGAUUGAGAUGGUUCAAAAGCAUCUACAGAGCACAGGAGAUAUCCAGGAAUUGGUGCGGAGAGCUAUGAACCUUCUGAGCGUUCUUAGUGGUAGAGUCAAUGUACUAGAGAAGCAAACACAGCGCUUCAUCCUCUGGGAGCCUGUGGUAAAGGCCAUGGAAGAUGUGAUGAAGGCAGUAGCAAAUAUUGCAGAGAAUCGGCUAUUCUACAGUCAUGGCAUACAAGACCUCAUAAACACUUUGAGGGAGAAUGUUGGAGGACUGCUGGCUUUACGCAACUCUCCCAAUAAUUAUGCAUAUGACAGUUAUUAUUAAAAAAAAAAAAAAAAAAUCACAUUGUCACAUAUUUUCUAUGAACAAAUAAAAAAAUCUAUAGAAAUAGUCAGUUAUUUACAGUUUUUUUUCCUGCCAAUUUGACACAGUGAUUUAAUUAUUUAGCUUGUUGUUGUGAAAUGUCCAACCAAACCAAAAAAAGGACACAUAUAGUAGUACAGUAUAUAACAUAUUCUUAUAAAUAAUCACAAAUCUGUAUAACUGGGGACGAGUUUGGGAUGUGUUGUUAACGGGGUAAAAUGUUGAUUCUGUACAGAGUUACUGUACCCUGUACUUGCUUGAGAAUCAAAACUGUUAAUCACUAAAAAUCUUUGUAAUUAACAUGUACUUUCAUCCAUGUGUGAUUUUAUACCUGAAUAUGAUAUGAAUCAAGAAGAGAACGUCAAUAGAUUUGCUGUAAGCCUAUUUACCUUUAUAUAAAUAUUAUCAGAAAAGAUUUGGCCUACAUUGUUUUAUUAUGCAAUGGAAAUUAAACAAUUGUUGUUAUUAACCUCUCUCCGGGUCUUCUUUCUGGGGUCUCAUAACUGUGAUUUGGAUAUGUACUAAAAACAUUUAAGCUGGCUAUUAUUAAACCUCAUUAAAAAAAAGAAAAGAAAAAAAACUUGAUCUAAGAGAAUUAGUUAAUUAUAGACAUAUCUCAAAUCUACCUUUUCUGUUAAAAAUUCUAGAAAAAGCAGUAUCCCCACAACUAUGUUCAUUUUUAGAAAGAAAUAUUAUCUGAAACGGUACCCUUGUCUAUAUAAUCUAGGAUAGUAUUAAUAAUAUAAUGUAAAUGUUUCAAAGGAAGACUAUGGGUUAAGGCCAAAGUACACAGAUGUUCGACGCAUGCAUCACAAUUAAAAGAACCAAAGACUUAACCUACUUCAGUCUGUGUGCAUUGAAUUUAUUUAAUACACGAGUUUCACAAUUUAAGUUGAAUUACUGAAAUAAAUGAACUUUUU